AGAGAGAGAGAGCAAGGGGAGGGAGAGAGAGAGAGAGAGAGAAGGAGAGAUUUAAGAAAUGAGCUCGGCUUAGUUUGAGCUACUGAAGAAAGACAGGAUUUAUACCAGGGACGGAAUUUAUCGAAGUUAUUCGGAGCUGGUUCUCUUAUUUUUUUUUACACUUUAUGCAGGAUUAUGGAAUCUAAAGUGGACGUCGCGCGCGCUCCAUUCAUUAACGUUUACUCUUGGGCAGAUUUAGCAUGUUAGCAUCGCAGCUCGUAGUUAAAUGUAUGAGUAUACACAUAGUAUGUAACAGGAAAAAAAGUAUUUGCGAUUAGAUUUAUUUUAAAUUUAGCUAUUGUUUCCUGACCUGAAAAUGACGUGCAUCGUGAAGUAAAGUUUAAUAAUAAUCAUUUAAAAAAAGCGAUAAGUUUGCGUGCACGGGGCAAACGGCUCGCGACGCUGCAGGAGCUCGAGACAGUUCCUUUCUACGCACAACUUUUUAACCAGUUUCACACUCAUGACUUUAGAAUACCGCAAACAUUCCGCCAUCCUUUCACCUUUGUUUAAAAUGGAUGACGAUAACGAUUUAAUAGGAGCUUCGGAGUUUAUAAAAGAUCGUUUAUAUUUCGCCACACUGAGAAGCAAACCCAAGAGCACAGCAAACACACACUAUUUCUGCACAGAUGAUGAGUUUGUGUAUGAAAACUUUUAUGCAGAUUUUGGACCUCUCAACCUUGCCAUGCUGUAUAGGUACUGCUGUAAACUUAACAAGAAGUUAAAGUCUUUCACACUGACCAAAAAGAGGAUUGUGCACUACACCAGCUUUGAUCAGCGCAAGAGGGCGAAUGCUGCUGUUCUCAUCGGUGCCUACUCUGUGAUUUACCUAAAGAAAACUCCAGAGGAAGCUUACAGAGCUUUAAUCUCCGGCUCUAAUGCCUCUUACCUGCCAUUCAGGGAUGCAUCAUUUGGAAAUUGCACAUACAGCCUGACCGUUCUCGACUGUUUGAAUGGAAUCAGUAAGGCCCUGCAGCACGGCUUCUUGAACUUUGAGACAUUUGACGUGACUGAGUAUGAACACUAUGAGCGUGUAGAGAACGGAGACUUCAACUGGAUUGUCCCCGGAAAAUUCCUGGCCUUCAGCGGGCCGCACCCAAAGAGUAAAGUAGAAAACGGCUAUCCUCUCCAUGCCCCCGAAGCCUACUUCCCAUACUUCCGCAGGCACAACGUCACUACCAUCGUCCGCCUAAACAAGAAGAUCUAUGACGCUAAGCGGUUCACAGAUGCCGGCUUCGACCACUAUGACCUGUUCUUUGUGGACGGUAGCACACCCACUGACGUCAUCAUCCGCCGCUUCUUGCAUAUUUGCGAGAGCACAGAUGGUGCUGUUGCUGUCCACUGCAAGGCCGGUUUGGGCAGGACCGGCACACUGAUUGGCUGCUACCUGAUGAAACACUAUCGUUUUGCUGCAGCUGAAACCAUUGCUUGGAUCCGCAUCUGCAGGCCUGGCUCCAUCAUUGGACCCCAGCAACACUUUCUGGAGGAGAAGCAGACAUAUCUGUGGGCUCAGGGAGACAUGCUUCGCUCGAGGCAGCAGAAAUCGCAGGUGUAUGAAGAAAGCAAUGUUCCUCGUCUUAUCUCUAGCAUGGAUGACCUGACCAUCAGCAGCAGCUUCCUCAGAUCUGGCUACAUGGAAGAGAAUGGUGAAUACAGUGAAAACAGUCUCAGCAUGACUCAAGGAGAUAAAUUACGUGCCUUAAAGGGCCGGAGGCAGCCGAGAUUAUCCACUUCCACAACUCUGAGUAGACUGACUGGCUCCAAUACUCAAGGCCCAAGUUCCCCUCUCAAACCCUCCAAAUUGCCGUCCUCUUCCUCCACCCCCGCCUCUACCUCCGCCUCUGCUAAGAGAAUUAGCCGAAUCUCUUCUUCCUCAACCAACUUGAAGAGCUCCAGUCUAAACUCCAGAUUAGCCACCUCAUUGAGCAACCUGUACGUGAUCACCGGAGACUCUGGGAAUCACCCUCGACCCUUGUUUGCAUCCUCAUCUCCUUCCUCGCCUCCAUCUUUCCCUGUCCCCCGUGCAACAUUUGCCAGCAUCUCGUCUCUGGCUGCAAACACUUUUCACUAUGAAGUCAACAACAACAGUGAUCAGUAUAGCGCCUCAAAUGGCAAUUCCAAGAUCUCGACAUUCAGCAACCACAACCACAGCAGUCUUGGUGGGGCCUCCACCACUGGGAGGUUUGGCUUGGAGGAGCCAGGUCAGAAUCCACUGACCACAGGGCUAAGUCGGCCCUCAGCCCGCUACCUCAGCCGCUCCAUUCCUUCCCUUCAGUCGGAGUGUGUUCGGUAUUAAAGCGGCAACUCUGCACUGAUCCUGAACCUGUCCUCCUGGCCUUUCUCCACUCACUGACAUCCAGCCUGCGAUGUGAGCACAAAAGGAACUGAAUAACACCCAAGGUGCUGGAACUGGGUCUAUAGAUCCAGUGUAACAAUGCUCUGAAGGAAACUUAUGUUUUGAAAUAGACGUCUCUCUCUCUUUUUCCCUCUCUACCUACUUUAUAUGUAUAUAUAAAAUAGAUAGAUGGAUAGAUAUAAAUAUAAAAUAUGCACAGAUAUACUCAGAAAAGAGAUUAUUUUUAGAAAAGAUAUUAUUUUUUUCUAUUUCUCUAUACUUUUUGAUCUGUGAUAUAUCUCGGGCUUGUCUCAUGUCACGUGUAAAGUGUACAGGUUUUAGUUCUGGUUUUCGGGAAUUAGUUCAAAGCUAACUAUUUUGUUAUGAUCUUCAAAGUAUAAAUCUAUAAUGACAUAUCAGACCUACAGUAUGAGGGCUAAACUGAUGGAUCAAGACAUAUUGUAUGUAUUAAUCCAGCUAACCUUUAACAGGUUCAUGUAUGCAGUAUAGUGUUCAGGGAAAGAAAUACUAGCACAAGUUGGGGGCAUAUGGAAAUGUGUUAUAUAUGGAAGCGCCACAGUUUAGAUAAUGUGUGUUUACUUUGUUUUGUUUUAUUUUUCAUUUUAUUAAAAGUUUUUGCCCUGCCAACAGCAUACAUUUCACACAAUGACAUGUUUUGGUCCAUGUUGUCUGCCUCAUCCAUCGCCGUAUUUCUGAUCCGUUUAUGAAAAGUGUUUUACAAGCACAUUUUCAGUCCUACAUUCCUUUUUUGGGUUCAUUUAAUUUAAAAAAAUGAGACAAACUGAUCAGUUCUGGCUCUGCAAAAUGAGGCAUGAGUGUGGUUAGAUCCUGUUUUCUUUUAUGGUUGUAUUGUAAAGCAGUGGGGUACUGAAUUUUGUCAACAAGUAAAACAUUGACAAAACAACAAAUUAGUUUAAUGCUUAAUACAUCAUUCUCUGAU